GUGCUUGAGGCUUUGAGAGCAGCAGCUGGAAAGGAGCUCGGUUCAGAUCCCGAUUUUGGGUCUAAUAUGCAACAGGAUGCUCACGAGUUUUUGGCAAAGACAUUGGAAAUUCUUGAGAAGGAGUCAUUGCGCCGAAGGCGUCAUUUUCCUGUUAAUAACGAAAAAGCUACAUGCUCUUCUGCGGAACAGUCCAAGCAUUCAACAACUUCACGUGGAAAUCCAGCGGGAGUGUUUCAACACAAAAUCAGGGAUAGAUUUGGUUGCGAACGUUGUGCUCGAGCAAGCGAGAUGACAAAUGAUGCUAUUGAUCUAACAGUGACUGUGAGUGCGGGAGAAUCCAUCCAGAAAAUGAUUGAGAACGCUUUAGCGCGUGAAGAAAUCGAGUACAAAUGUGAUCAUUGCGGCACAGGCGCCGGUUUUAUAAGUCGUGCUUUCGCCACUUUGCCACAGUAA